AGAAAUUAUGUGGCUACUACUGUUGGUCUGCGGCCUUUCUCUUAGUUACGCUUCCGAGCUACACGGCGAGGGACACUACGAAGGCGGGAGUGGAGGUGGUACGGGAAUCGGUGACUAUCAUCAUCAGCAUCAUGACGGAUCACCCACAACUUACUCGGAGAUAUCGAAACACGUGCCAGUCCAUGUCAUAGAGAAGGUGCCGUUGCCCAUACCACAUCCAGUUGCUGUACAAGUACCCAAUGUUAUAAAGCUACAAAUACCCGAACCCUAUGCGGUUCAUGUUCCGGUGCAACAGGAAAUUCAAAUACCUGUCUACAAAAUAGUUCCCGAAAUUACGGAACGCAAGAUACCCUACACGGUGGAGAAGCCCUAUCCUGUCGAAGUCGAGAAACCCUAUCCCGUCGAGGUGAUUAAGCACAUUAAAAUACCUGUGCCAAAACCUUAUCCAGUACCCUAUACCAUUUAUAAGCAUGUCCUGCACAAGGAGCACGGCUGGUAAGCUAAAUGAUGUGGUGAACUAAGUUCUCCAAUUUUUGGCAA